UGCAACAAUAUUCAACAGAAGUUUUUAUGCAGGUUCUCAGACAAGUCUGAUGAUCUUCCUUGGUUUAUGACAAAUGAAAGUGCUAUUAAGCAAAUACGUCAAAGGGCAGAAAUAUUAAACUACCACCCCGAAUGUAUACAAGAGAAAACUUCAUCUCCGUUUUUCCAGGUUUUUAACAAGGAAGAGAGAGGAAGGGCAAAGAAGAGAUUUCAAAACUUUUUAAGAAGACAUAGUGAAACUGGUAGUCCUUGGAGCGAGCCACUACAAAAUAGCUCUGAAGGACAAAUACCCAUGAAGAAUGUAUCUCCAGCAACAAAAGUACAUAAUAUAGAAUCUGUACCUUCAGGACUUCCUCCUGAGGAAAAGAGUGACCACGUGCUGAUGGGGAAAAAGUCUACACAGCGUUUCAGCCCCAUCAAAAAAGUAACAAAAACAAAGACAGACAGUGGGCUUUCUGAGAAAAACAACGUUAAUGUUGUCCUUGUGGAAGAGCCACUGCCUAGUACCUCCAAAGGAAAAACACACUACACGAAAAUAACUCAACGUGAAGAAAAAACUAACCGCGACAGUGAAUACACAUCUGCCUUUUCCCGGCCUCACUUUGACAACCCAGAAGAAGAAGCAUGGGCCCAGAUGGUUUCGGCACAGUAUUCAUUUCUAAACCAGUACCUCAGUGAAAGAAAAAAGGAGAAGAUGAGAAAAGGUUUUGAAAGCACUGAAUCUGAUACUUCUGACGAAGAACCAGUACAUAGUACCUCUAGAGGAAGAACACACUCAGCG